GUCGGGAAUUCUUUUUCUUCCAACCCUCUUUUACCUGUUGGCCACUCUUAAAACCCGGAAAAACGGAGUUUAUAUUUCGGAGGCUCGGAGUGACCAGAGCAAUAUAAUUGGGCACGUUCAGGAGGCUGGCCUGAUUUGGGAAACAAAUGUGUCUUGAAUGGGAGCUUUCGAUGCUGCUUGUUUCCGGAAUUGGCUGCAUCUAUCUUUCUCUGCAUUAUAUUGGGAGAUGGCACCCCCUCCCACCUUCUUGGCACUCUCACUUUUUCGUUAUAUCCGUGUGCCUAAUUUUGGAGCCAGCCCUCCUGGAUCUCCUGGCCAAUCAAGAGACCACACAUUGUUGCCUAAGAGACCCCGGAUGCCAGCGAAAGGAUUUAUAGAUGAUGAUUGGACUAAUGGAAGCUGGAGGGUGGGGGCUGGGCAAAGUCAAAGAAAAAAGCAGCUAUGGCAACACCAGCGCUUGAGGCUUGACGAGGGAGUCCAGCUCAAAGAGGUAUUUGAAGAAAGAAGAGCUCUACUUGGAAAAUGGUUUGACAAAUGGACAGACUCUCAAAGGAGAAGAAUCCUGACGGGCCUGUUAGAACGCUGCUCCCUGUCACAGCAAAAGUUCUGCUGUCGAAAGCUUCAGGAAAAAAUUCCAGCAGAAGCUCUGGAUUUUACUACCAAGCUUCCAAGGGUGUUGUCCUUAUACAUCUUUUCCUUCCUGGACCCCCGAAGCCUUUGUCGUUGUGCACAGGUGAGCUGGCACUGGAAGAACUUAACUGAGCUGGAUCAGCUCUGGAUGCUCAAAUGUUUGCGGUUUAACUGGUACAUCAAUUUCUCUCCAACUCCCUUUGAGCAGGGCAUAUGGAAGAAGCACUACAUUCAAAUGGUGAAGAAGUUUCAUGUUACCAGACCUAAGACACCUCCGAAAGAUGGGUUUGUGGUUGCUGAUGUUCAACCAGUGACAGGCAGUUCUCCAGAGGAAAAGCAGUCUCAGUCAUCGGCUUUCCGAUCUUCUUCCUCUUUAAGAAAGAAGAACCACUCAGGGGAGAAAGAACUCCCACCCUGGCGAUCCUCUGACAAGCAUCCAACUGAUAUCAUUCGCUUCAAUUACCUGGACAAUUGUGACCCCAUCGAGCGGAUCUGGCAAGGAAGAAAGAAAAGACAUGAAACGACCCCAGAUUCCAGCCGACAGUCACAUGAUAAGAAAAAUAAAUCGCGGGACAGAUCUAAGCUAAGAAAAGCACAGUCACUGGUGUCCCUGAGUGCAGAACCCAGCUCCCCUCUGCAAGUCCCAGCUCAGCUUGCCUGGCCUCCUCGUCGGUUGGCGGGGCUCCCAGCCACCGAGGCAGCCACGAAAGUUCUCAUGCAGCAUCUUCAGAGACACUCUGGCCUUCGGUCGUUGCCCAUCCAGGCUUCAGAGCUGAAGCUGAUUUAAAAAUGUGAAAAGAGCUCUGGCCAGUGUGGCUCGGUUGGAACGUCAUCCAGCACACCAAAG